CCCCCUGCGCUUUGAAUGCUAGCUGGUCAUACACUACGUCAUACGGAAGCGACAGGUCGUAGGAAAAUUACGUCAGCGUGGUGGAGAGGGAAAAUGGCUGCGUCGGCUUGGCUGCAUGGCUCAGCUGCGAUGCGACUAACUGAGGGUUUGGUGCUGCUCAUGAAGGAGCAGCGUCCGGAGUUUCUGCCCGAGGUGUUGGCCAACUACAGAGAACAUGGCGUGCUGUCCUCGCAGAGCGCGAGUGAUGCGGCGGGUCUCGUGGGUCUCUGCAAUGGUAAACUGAGCUCGAGCAAGACCAGGCUCGAAGGACUCUGCCUGCUCUCCAUGCUGGUUAAAGACAGCUCCAGCGAUCUGUUCCAGCAGCACUGUCUGUCCUGGCUGCGCUCUCUGCAGCAGGUCGUACAGUCCCAGGCUCCGGUCCAGACCAUCCAGCUGGCUGUGAACGUUCUGAAGGACCUGCUGCAGUACUCAUGUCAGCUCCCAGAGCUUGCCCGAGAGGUUGGACUCAACUCCAUCCUCGGCAUCUUGACGUCUCUUCUAGGCCUCAAAACGGAGUGUGAACUCUCGGCCAUGGAAGGGAUGAAGGCCUGCAUGGUUUACUACCCCAGAGCCUGCGGGUCUCUCAAGGACAAACUUGGAGCCUAUUUUCUCUCCAAAAUGGACAGCACCAGCAGGAAAACACAAGAGGCGGCCUGUCAGGGCUACAGUCACCUGCCCUGUCUGGGGGGACUGAUGGACAGAGCGGUGGGUGCUAGCAGAGCUGAGGGCUGGACCAAUCAGAUCCACUGUCUGCUGGCUUCAGCCAACAGCCUUCUGGCUCAGAUCUACCAAGGGUCCGAGACAGAUGAAGCUGUUCGUUAUCAGGGUCCUGGUGUGGAGCUGGCCUUUCCUCACAUCGACCAAACCGAACCGCUGCUGCUCCUCCAACACAGAUACGCCGCUGUCUGCAUGACCAUUAAACAUACACUCAGAACGGAUCCUGCCUCGGCUGUUUCGGUGCCGGUCAGACCCAUACUCAACCUGGUGUGUCGAGCGCUCGCCGUCAACUCCAAGAACAUGAUUUUAACAGCUGAUGGAAGUUUGAGGUUUUUGGUUCUGCCCAGUGUUCACAUCAACGCUCUAGAGGUGCUGUCAGAGCUCAUCACAGUAGUUCGCAGUGGGAUGGUGCAAUAUGCUGCUGUCAUCCAGAGGCUGUUUUCUCAGACCCUGUCUGCGUGGACACCUCCACCUGAGACCAGUGUUGGACAGCAGAGGGCGUACAGCUCUGUCAGAGUGUCGGUGUUCAGGAGCUUAGAGCUGUGGGUCAGGGUAGCCGGAGCUUCUGCUAGCAUCCUCCACGGAACCUCCAGCCACGUGGACCUGCUGCUCAACCACCUGCUGGGGGACAUCACACCAGGAGCAGAAUCCGUCAAGCUGCGGGCGGGUCUGUCGGCUGAUGUGGUGCCCGUGGGCAAACCGGGCCCUCGGAGGACCAAGCAGUUGGUUGUAGCAGAUGCUGUAGGCCCUUCACUCCAGAGGAAAGGGGACCUGCUGUCCAAUCAGGACACGUGUCUGGCCGCCCUCAAGGCCCUGAGACAAGUCCUGCAGUCCACUGGGAUGCUGCUAAAGGAUGACAUACACAAGAGACUCCAUGAAGUGGUGCUGCCCCUGUGUGUGCGUCUGCAGCAGCAGCAGUCCAGCAGCAUCUCCGCAUGGGAGCCUGCAGGGGGCGUCAGCGGGCAGUACAGCAGUGCCCUGACUCGGAGAGAGCUAUACAGGGUGUUGCUGGCUCUGGUCCUGGUCCCGUCGCCGUCUUGGCCACCACCUCUGACCUGUGCUGUGUCCAUCCUCAGCAACGGACGCAUAGACCGACACCUGAAGGUGUCUUCGUUCUGCGCUGAAGCUCUGACCAUCUGUAACUCAAUCCUCCACCCCCGCAGGCCCUCCCUCGCCCUGCCCUUACCUCCACUCACCCUGAAGCCCACCGCCACCCCCUCUGUCCUCUCCUGCCAGGGUCCUGGUCCUAGACUCACCCUACCAACACUACUGGGGGGCCCUUCGUCUGCCCCUCCUUUCCCCGCCCGUCACGCUCUCAACCUGGGCCCCUCCUCUCUGUUGGGCUCCUUGGAUAACCACUUCUCCUUGGUCCCGGGCCUGCCAGGACAGGCCCCAGGCCCAGGAGACCUGAUGGCGUCCUCACAGACGCACCACCAGCCAGACCCCUCGGGGCUGGGUCCACCGGAGGGGCAGAGGCCGGUGUUUGUCCGUUACGACAAAGAGGAAACGGAAGAUGUAGAAAUAUCUCUAGCGAGCGACUCUGAUGACAGCGUGGUGAUCGUCCCUCCUGGGCUGCUCAACGUGGAGAAACAACAGAACGACCUGGCCGCAAACUCCCAGAGCCUGCUGUCCUCGGCGCCAGGCGGAGCGGAGUUGGUCACCAUGGUUCCCACCUCAUCAACGCCCACCACUCUAGAUGUGACCUCUCUGCCAAACGACCUGGCCACCUCCUCCGCCCUCCUCACCUCUUCUGUCACACCCAUAAACUCCUUCCCUCCCUCCAGCACCUCAGUGGUCUCCCUGGUCCCAUCUGUGAACUCUAGCUCCGCCUCAGCCCCCCCUGGUGGUCUGGGGGACCCCCUUGCUGGGAAACCUCAGCUGCAGCAGAUGCUGAUGCAGCCUUCGACCACGGGCCAGCCCAGCUCCAUGGCUCUGCCCCUGCAGAUGCACCAGCUGACCCAACAGGGACGACACCUCCACCCGCAUCCGCCCACACCGGCUGCCAACGAGGAGUCGGCUGUCAUCAAUAUCAACAGCACGGAUGACGAAGAGGACGAUGAGGAGGACAUGGAGGACGACGAAGAGCUGGAGGACGAGGAGGACGGGAUCGACGAGGAGGAUGACGAGGAAGAGGGGAGUGAUGAGUUUUACGAGGGGGAAGAUUACGACGACUUUGAUGAAGAAGAGGGUGAAGAGCUUGGGGAGGAGGAGGAAGAGGAGGAGGAUGGAGACAUGCCGCCACUGGAGGGAUCGGAGGACAGGUCGGAGGAGGUCGGGAUGGAGGAUGACAAAGUUCUCCUACCCAUGGAGGAGGGAGAGGUGGGCGAGUUUUGUGUGGAGGGCGACGGAGAAGGAGGGAUAGAAGAGCUGCAGACAGGCAGAGCGCUGUUUGGGGAGGACAGGAUGAAGGUGCAGGAGGUGGAGAGCAUCGGCGUUUUAGAAGAAUCCAGGGAGGAGGGGGAAGGAGAGGAAGAUGAGAGCGAACAGAUGGAUGAUCCCACCAUGCCACAGAUCUUAUGUGUGACGGGCGGAGCUCUGGAGGAGAGGCUGGAGAGCGGUGAGGAGGGCGUCGUUGCUGGAGAUGGCCUUCAGGAGGAGAUGGGUCUGUGGGACCAAGGAGCCAAGGAGACGGAGCUGAUCAUCGCUGCAGAGGAGCAGGAAGCCAGUCAGAGUCAGCUGGACAUGGUGGCUGAAAAUGAGCUACAAGCAGCCGAGGGAGAAAAACCACCGAGUCAGGAGGAGGAGGAGGCAGCAGCAGGUGGAGGAGAGCCAGCAGGAGCAGACGAGCAGCCCUUCGUUGCUGAGGACAUCAAGGAGCAGCAGCAGACCGACUUGGACCAAGGAGACUUGAAGGAACCAGAAACGUCACAGACAGAAGGAGAAUUGGGAGGAGAUGGAUGUGGAGGGGAGAGAGGUAGAGAGGAGGAGAAGGGGAUGAAGAGGAAGAGAGAGAACGAGAACACGGAAGAAGAAGAAUCCACGCAGAGCCCUGAGAAGAAAAAGCUGGACGAGGAAGCUGUGGCCUCCAUGUUGGCAGAUUUUGUUGCGUGUCCUCCUGAUGAUGAAGAUGUCGCCACGGGAUCUAAUGGCUGAAGAAACCCUCUCCUCCCCAGGAGGCAGUUCUUCUAGAAAACCAACUCUGGUCUCAUUUCCAGUUUUACUUUAUUAAAAGACUUUUGUCGUGCUGAA